AUGGAUCUUCUUGAAAAUUGGUAUCCCACUGAAACUCAUAUCCUUGUCUUCAACAAUGCACCCACUCACCUCAAACAAGCAGACAAUGCUCUUUCUGCCUGCAAGAUGUCAAAAUACCCAACAAAACCUGGGAGACCAUUUGUUGGGAUGGUAGACCUUCUUGAGGAGCGCGGGUACAAGGACAUUGAUGGGAUUUGUGCCAAAUGUCCAGGCUUUAAGUGCCCCACAGACACCCUACAUUGCUGCUUGCACUGUAUGCUCUAUAACGAGCUUGAUUUUGCGGAGGUUGAGUCCCUUCUCGAGGAAACUUGCAGGGCACGAGGAUUCCAGGUCGUAUUUCUCCCCAAGUUCCACUGCAAGCUUAAUUUUAUCAAGCAAUGCUGGGGUCACACAAAAUGCACCUACCGUCAAUUCCCACCAUCAAAUUCCGAGGCCGAUUUAGAGCACAAUGACAUUGCUGCGCUUGAUGCUGUCCCACUGUGCACAAUGCGCCAAUAA